AGGUUUGUUCUUGAUUUACAAAACAUUAUUGUUACAAAUUAGAUAAUUUGUUUUAGUGUAAACUUAACAUUCUUAUUAUUGUAAUGUAUACACCUUCUACUUUCAUGAAAAAUAUUUAGUUUAGUGAACAAAAACUAGAGCAAGAUAAGAAACAAAGAUAAUUUGCCUAUACGUGGUGCAAUGGAAUGCAAUCCAGUCCAAAUACAAGUGGAAUUCUCAAAAAUUAAUUUAGUAACUCACAAAGUGUGGUACAAAGUAUCUUGGUUCACAUAUUUAUACAGUUUGGCAGCUGGUCUGUUGGUGACUUCGUUCGGUUUGAGUAUUGGUUGGAGCUCUCCUGUAUUGUCUAAGCUACAUUCCAACGAUACUAAUAUUAAUCCUUUGGGUGCGGAAAUAACAACUAUUGAAACAUCCCUAGUAGUUUCUCUUCCUUUAAUUGGUACGGCGGCUUCUUACUUAGUAUGGGCGAAGAUAGCAGAUACAUUAGGAAGGGCGAUAGCUUUAAGAUUGGUUGCUACAAUAUUGGUUUUUAGUUUGACAAUAACAGCAUUUACUACGAAUAUAUAUCUACUUUGCAUUACUUUGACAAUAACUGGUGCAAGUGCUAGUGGAGCUUUAUUAUGUGUUUCUAUUUAUAACAGUGAAAUAGCAGAAGAAAAUGAUAGAGGAAAGUUAGGUUGCUUAAUGGCAAUGCAAGUUCCCAUUGGACUUUUGGGUGCUUUUAUAUUCGGUUCGUUUUGUAGUGUGAGAGUAUUCACAUUGAUAUGCGCAAUACCUCCCAUUCUACAUUUAAUUUUCACUUGUUUCCUACCUGAAUCGCCCGUUUAUUUAGUUUCUAAAAAUAGAAUACCUGAAGCGAUUAUUUCUUUGCAAAAAUUGAGAAGAACAAAAACCGAUGAAGAUAUAGAAGAAGACGUUAAAAAGAUAAAAGAUGUUAUAAGAAAUACCGCUACGGCUAAAAAGAGAAAUAUUUUUGAUAUUUUCAGAAAUCGUGCGACAAAAAGAGGAUUUUUUCUCAGUCUUGAGGUAUUUUUAGUUGAACAAUUAUCUGGUAUAUCUAUAAUUCUAGCUUAUAUAAGUGUGAUUUUCAAUGAAGCUGGUACUGGUUUAUCCGGAGAUACUGUCGGUAUAUUAGUGGGAUUGGUUAAGAUGGUGACGUUUUUAGUCGCUACCAAUUUUAUCGAUAAAUAUGGAAGAAGAUUACUGCUUUUAAUUUCAUCAAUUUGUUGCAUGUUUCCCAUGUUGUUUCUAGGUAUUUAUUUCUACUUAAAAUCUAUAAACUCUUCUUUAGUCGAAAAUAUUCAUUGGGUAGCCAUUCUAUGUGUCAUUCUAUAUGUUAUUAUGUACGCUAUAGGUCUUGGAAAUGUACCUAUGGCUUUUGUUGGAGAAAUUUUUCCAGACGAUUUAAGGGCGCAAGGUAUAGCUUGUACUUUGAUUUUCGACGAAUUGCUCGUAUCUUUAAUAACUUUUAGUUUUCCAUUGCUCUCCGAAAGUAUUGGAACACAUUGGUGUUUUUUUAUAUGCAGUAUUUCCUCUUUUUUGGGAUUCAUAUGUUUAUAUCUAACCAUACCAGAAACUAAGGGCAAAACUUUCUCCGAAAUUCAAAAAAUUUUACAAGGCUGCAAUUAAGUAUUUUUAUUACUGCCACUAAAAGUUAGAUACGAUUGUUGUUGAGUUCGAUUAUAAAAUCAUGGCCACUAAAUGAUUAGAAAUGUUUUGUUCCUUCCAUGAAACUAUUAGUUAUAGAUAAGAACUCGAUCUUAAAAAUUAUCAAAUAAUAGUAGGAAGGUUAUUGUUUCUGGGUUACCGGUUCGUAAGCUAGAUGGCCGUUCAUCUACCGCGUGCACUGUUUUUAAUACACUAAAAGCAUUCAAAUACAUAGGAAGUCCCUGAAAUACAGUUGACUUACUGUCAAACAUCACGUUCCUGGCGUUUAAAGGACAAAGGAAUUUCAUUUUUGCCAUCGACCAAUAGUCACGUUAUACUAAUGUUUAUUUUAAUUUGGGAUUUUUUCUAUAUAGAGCGUUGAUGAAUUAUUCAUUUUUUUACUAGCAAUUCAAUUUAGAUAAAAAUCUGGAGGUUUUGUUCGACAUUACUUUAGUCACGAUGACGUUACCUUUGAUUUUUUAAUUAAAUUAUGGAUCGGGGUAGUAUCAUACUUAACUGAGUAAUGCUUAUAUUUAUAUAGUUAGAAUUGUUGGCAUUUGAAAAUAUAUCGGAGUAACUAGAAUAACUAACCUAUAAUUGGGUCAUUGUUUAAUCGUGCCUAAACACCGAUCAAAUUUAUGUGACCUUCAGUCAUCUAAUGAGUAUUAUCGUUACUCAAGUAUCUGCAAUUUUGACCAUUCACUGCAGAUGUGAAGCAUUAGAAAACAUAGUUUGCUUAAAGAAAUGGAUUACGGUUAGAUAAAUCCUACAAAAUAUCACGAAACUGCACACGUCAAUCGGCAUCGACUUCUUGACGUAAUUAAAUUGUGUACGAUAGGUAGGUACUUUUUGCUUUAGAAAACGUUGACUGUUGAAAUAUGCUUGUUCCACAGCAAUUUGGCUUGCAGUAUUAUAAGGUUUACCUUUAACGGCUAAUAAAACAUCAAAUUUCAUUUUUUAAUACCCUAGGAUGACCAUCUUCUUCAAUAUCUUAAAAGUGAACCGUUUUUCUAAUGUUUUUAUCAAUUCCACUGUUGAUCCGCUGAUAGGUCUAACUAGCAUUAAACCAAUUGCGUUUUCAUUUGAUCCUAUAAAACUUGAAAUUUUUAUGCGUUGAGCUUACCUAAAGUACCCAAUUUUUAUACUAGCAACUUGAUUUUUGACAAUGAAUUGCUGUUAUAGUUCAGUAUAUUUCUGUAGCUUUAUUAUUAUAUAUUUCUUAACUGUACAAAAAUAUCGUGGUAGUUGAAAAUUUUUAGUCUAGUCCUUCAUUCAAAAUUUUGUAAUUCUUGAGUAAUAAAUAAAACAUAAAGGAUUAUAUUUUUAAGAAUAUGUAACUUAUUUUACUGUGUUCUCAGCGUUGAUAGAGAAAUAUUUAUUUGUAAAUAAAAAAAUUUUCUUUUAUACAUUUUAUACACAAAAAAUAAAUGAUUUCUGCUGAAUAAA